UCGUUUAUCAUCAUUUCCUCCGUCCACCAACCCACCCCGACAAAAACAAACGGAAGAAACGAAAGAGAAAAGGCCCAACAAUUCAGUCGAUCGUCGCAGCUUUUGAUCGAGCAUCUCCAAAUGGCAGCACUAUCGGGGAAGGUUGUCCAACAUACUCUGGUAGCAAAGUGCUGCCAGCAGAACAGAAAGUUCAGUCCCCAAUACCAACAGGACCAUGUUGACCUUAUUAGGCAUGACUUUCUUUCCCCUUUAGUAGGGAAGUUGGCAUGGAAUGGCAACUCCACCAUGCAACCAUGUGCAUUGUCAAAAUCUAACCGGGGAAAUUUUUAUUGCAAUGCUGCACCAUCUAACACAGCUGUAUCAUCUGGUGAAAAAACUGAUUUUCUUAAGCUUCAGAAUGGCAGUGAUAUACGUGGUGUUGCUGUUGCUGGUGUUGAAGGAGAACCUGUGAACCUCACAGAGCCAGUUACAGAAGCAAUAGCAGCAGCAUUUGCUGCAUGGUUGCUGGAAAAGAAGAAACUUGAUGGCUCUAGAUCAUUGAGGGUAUCCAUCGGUCAUGAUUCAAGAAUUUCUGCAAAGAAGUUGCAGGAUGCUGUUUCUCGGGGACUUACUCGUGCAGGAGCUGAUGUCAUCCAAUAUGGGUCAGUGGUUUAUUUUAGUAUGUUGUGCCAUUACUGGGUUUAUCAGGGAAAAGUUCUUGAGCCUUUGGGUGCUAUUACUUCUGGGAGUCAGUUCUUAGAGCCAGAUGGUAUGUUUCCAAAUCACAUUCCUAACCCAGAGGAUAAGACAGCCAUGAAAGCUAUCACUCAGGCUGUCCUGGAUAAUAAGGCUGAUUUGGGCAUCAUCUUUGAUACAGAUGUCGACAGAUCUGCUGCUGUUGAUUCAAGUGGUCAUGAGUUCAAUAGGAAUCGUUUGAUUGCCUUGCUGUCUGCUAUUGUUCUGGAGGAGCAUCCUGGGACAACAAUUGUAACUGAUAGUGUGACUUCAGAUGGCUUGACAGCAUUUAUCGAAAAGAAACUAGGGGGAAAACACCACAGGUUCAAAAGAGGCUACAAGAAUGUCAUUGAUGAAGCUAUUCGAUUGAAUUCUGUUGGUGAGGAAUCACAUUUGGCUAUUGAAACGAGCGGACAUGGAGCUCUCAAGGAGAAUCACUGGCUUGAUGAUGGCGCAUACCUCAUGGUUAAGCUACUGAAUAAGCUUGCAUUAGCAAAAGCAUCUGGAAAAGGCGGUGGCAGCAAAGUCUUGACCGACUUGGUAGAGGGUCUUGAGGAACCUGCGGUGGCUGUUGAACUGAGGCUAAAAAUUGAUCAGUACCAUCCAGAUCUCAAAGGAGGAUCUUUCCGGGAGUAUGGAGAGGCAGUUCUAAAACAUUUGGAGACUACUAUUGACUCAGACACGAAUCUUCAGAAGGCCCUUGUUAACUAUGAAGGGGUUAGAGCUUCUGGCUAUGGUGGAUGGUUCCUUUUGAGGCUGUCACUUCACGACCCUGUCUUGCCUCUUAAUAUCGAGGCACCAAGCAAUGAAGAAGCAGUGAAACUUGGGCUUGUUGUCUUUAAUGCCGUUAAGGAAUUCACAGCCCUUGAUACCUCUGGAGUUACUAAAUUCAUCCAAGUUUGAGGUCUGGCAGGCUGCAUGCAUCUUUCCCGUAAAUCUGGCUGGCUUCUUCUCUUCUAGGCUGUGGAUGUGGAGCUUUGAGGUUCGAAAUUAAGAGGACAGUCUUGGAAAUGUUGUGUUAGUGGUGUUAGCCUGGAGAAUGUAGCCAAUCAUCUCUCUAUGAGUAACAUUUUGAAUUAAUAAUUACAGUUCUGCAUAUCAACUGAUCUUCCCUGGCUUUAUACAAGUUUCUUUCUUUGGUUUUUA